CACCCCUCUGUGAACACGUGACCGCGCGUGAGCGAGCUACAAUAACAUUCCGCUUGCUUGCCGUGCAGCUGCAGUUUUCGCCUCUUUUGUCGUUCUUGUUGGCGUUUAGCUGCUUUGAGAGAAUGAGACUGCAGUGUUUCGUGACGGCGCUGUGUCUCGGCGUGGGUGUCAUGGCGGGGAAGUACUCUCGGGAGGUGAAUGAGCCAGCGCCGAGUGGCAGCGAUGGGCAGACGGUGGAGUUCAGGAUAGCUAAACUUAACCAGGUGUGGGAGAAAGCCAAACGGAUGCAGCUGUCGCCAGUACGACAGGCCGAGCUGCACAGUGACCUAAAGAUUCAGGAAAAAGAUGAACUGCAGUGGAAGAAAAUGAAGGUGGAGGGCCUCGACGAGAACGGGGAGAAAGAGGCCCAGCUCAGACGCAACUUUAAUGUGAUCCUGGCCAAGUACGGCAUGGAUGGGAAACGGGACAUGCGGCCGAUGGAGAGCAACUCACUGAAAGACCAUGAGGCCAAAGAUGGAGAGAUGUUUGACGAUCCCAAGCUGGACAAGCUGUGGAACAAGGCCAAGAUCUCUGGAAAGUUCUCCGACGAGGAGCUGCAGAGCUUAAAAAGGGAAUUCCAGCACCACAAGGACAAGAUCCACGAGUACAACAUCCUGAUGGAUACAGUGAGCAGAACUGAGGAAAUUCACAAGAACGUGAUCUCCCCCAUGGACGGGGACACCAAGGAGCACGUGCUGCAGCAGAAGCACACCGAGCUGAAGGAGAAAAUGAGAGACCUCAACCACGGCUUCGAGCGCCUCCGCAAAAUCAGCCACGAGGGCUUCUCUCAAGACAGCGAGUUUCGGGAGCCGCGUGUGAUUGAACUGUGGGAGGCUGCAAAGAGGGCAAACCUCAGCAAAGAUGAGCUGGAGUCUCUCAAGGAGGAGCUGCGUCACUUUGAGACCAAGGUGGAGAAGCACAGCCAUUACCAGGAGCAGCUGCAGCUGUCUCACCAGAAGCUGCAGCACGUCGAGUCUCUGGGAGACAGAGAGCACAUCAAGAGGAACCAGGAGAAGUACAACACGCUGGCCGAGAAGACCAGGGAGAUGGGCUACAAGAUGAAGAAACACAUGCAGGACUUGUCCAAUAAGAUCUCUCGUCAGGGUCUGCAGCACAACGAGCUGUGAGAGGUUCAGCUCCUGCUCACCACCUCUGAGGCAUCGCAGAGGAACGGCACGCUACUGGAAAAAAAACUCUUUCCUGGAAGGUUUUCUAUGUUUGUAUUUUUUGUGUAUAACUAGAUGAAUAAAUCAAUCAUUUAUUAUUUACUAACUUGGAAAAUCAGAUGGACAUAUCCCUUUGUUGUCAAAUGAGCUGAUCAGAUACAACCAGCUGCUAAUGAAAUAAUUUAAAUACGAAUAUUCUGUAGUAAAUUCUACAAUAAAUCGAACAAAUGUAGUAAAAAAAAUCAGUUUUAUUAGGAAAAUACGGCAAUACUCCUUGAUUUCUACCAGAUCUUAUCGGUGAAAUAAGGGCAGCUGUGUUUUAUUUUUUUCUACCCAACAUUUCUCAUUAAUUGUGGAAAUGAAAUAUUUGAAUUUGUGACGCCAUCGCUGUUGGUUUAUGGAAAUGCUGUAAAGACGUUGAUGAGAACAAGCAGAUAAUUCAGACCAGAACCUAAAAUCACAAUCUUUAAUGUUCAUGAAGAGGAAAAAGCCAACAAUAUACACAAGUAAGGUUUUAAAAAUAUAUAUUCUAUGUAGAAAGCUGGGGAUAAAUAAAGAGAAGCCGUUAAUAUUUACAAGUCCUGCUGAAGGAAAACAGUGUGUGUUUGGGACAUUAACAAGGUAAAGUCGCUAUACGGACACAUUCUCAUGACUCAUUUGCUUGUUUUCUCUUCAUCUUGAGACAUCAAGUAGAAAACAGAAGGUGUACAAAAUCAUUUGUUUUGUCAAAUAUCAAACAAUUAUCCCAUGACGUUAGAAAGGAGAGUGGCUGAAAACCCAAAUGGUACGCUUCCCUGCUUCAGUGCCGCCCUCGGAGAGCCGCUGCAGCAGAAGCAGCAUCGAUUGCUGCGAUGAAUAAUGUCGGCGACCGGCUGAUUACUCAGCUGUGUCCUGCUCGGCCCACAUGGGCUCGGAUUAAUGUCAUUUGCACCGGGGAUCUAACUCUGAGCCGCUUAUUUCAAUCGAGCGCUUCCCCGCUCUGAUGUGGAAUGAUGGCUCUGCGAGUCGGGACUCUUUACAGUCGAUUGUUGGUUUCACUGCAGCGUGGAGGGCUUGAUCUCGUGGCGAGAUCGCGUAAAAAGAAAAGCAAAACCCAGAUUUUAUUUUUUUUUUUUCCCCCUCAACAAUCAUAAGUGCCAUGCAGCCAAAUUCCUGCCAAACACUAAUUUAAAAAAAAAAAACAGUUACACUCUAAAAGAUGACAGCAGCAUAAAGACCUCCCACACCUUUUCUUACUUGAGUGGAAUGGAUUGCGUGUGCAGAUGACUGCGCGCUGGCGAACCUGUGGGCGUGUUUAAGUGCCGCAGCGAUGGCUACGGCCGGCUGCGCGCGGGCCUUCCAGCUUAUUGAGAUGUCCAGAGUGGCUGGAGGGAGGAAGCUGCAGUGGGAAAGCGCUCUGAAGUGCUGCUCGGAGAGUUGGGCGUCGCGGAGUCAGUUCUGUGGCCCUCGCCACCUGCUCUCCAGCUGAGUCAGCCUGUCCUCUCUGCCCUGAACAUGCUCCGCCCCCACUCUGUGAGCCGUUUCCAUGGCAGCGAUGUCGAGGUGGGCGUACCUGAUGGAGUCAUCCUCUGAUUGGGGAGAAACGAAAUACUUUGGGUGUUACUUCGCAUCGCCCUUUAACUUAUUGACAGACAGAUUUGGUGAAACACAUCGACUUCUUUUAUCCAUUUAUCUGUUUUGUUUUUUUUUGUUCUGAAUGACGAUUACUUUGGUUAUUCAUCUUGAACUGUUGUAAAUUUCUCACUUUUUUUUUAAAAUGGCUUCAUUUUCACUUUUGCUAUUAAAACAGUAUUGAAUUUC